CUUUACUGUUUCGUCAUCUUGAUUGUUUCUCUGCAAUUUCUAAAAGGAUUUAGCUGAUGAUGGCACUUACACAACUCCUUCCUUACUCUCCAGAAAAGCUCUUCUUCUUCUCCACUUUCAUCCACACAUCAACUCCUUUUGAGUUUCAAAGAUGUAACCUAACUACUAAACCCAGUUCCAAGAAACUCACAGCUUUGUCUUUUAACAUCUCAUGUUCAGCUCACAAGAUUGUCCGAAACCCAUCUUUAGACAAACAUGUAGUAAAGCAAAACAGAGUCCGGUUUGUGCAGAAGCUGAAAACCUUACUUCUCUCCAAACCAAAGCAUUACAUACCAAUUCAAAUCCUCUACAAAUGCAGAUCCUACCUAGGCAUCGAAAACCCACGUACUAUCCUCUCCAUGAUCCGUCGUUACCCCACAAUCUUCCAGCUCUUCACAACACCUACACCACAUUUGCCUAUCAAUGCCACAAAGUCUUUAUCUACACUCUGUGUCCGUAUGACACCAGCUGCAUCGUCUCUUGCCUUGGAAGAACUGAAUCUCAAGUCUGAGAUUGCUGAUAAACUUGCUAUUAAGCUCCAGAAGCUGCUUAUGUUGUCGUCUCACCGCAGGUUGCUUUUGUCUAAACUGGUUCACAUUGGUCCGGAUUUUGGUUUUCCUCCUAACUUCAGGUCUAGGCUUUGUAAUGAUUAUCCUGACAAGUUCAAGACUGUUGAUACGUCUUAUGGGAGAGCGCUUGAGCUUGUUUCGUGGGAUCAAGAAUUGGCUAACCAAAUGCCAUCACCUGAAGUUGAUAGAGAUUUGAUUGUUGAUCGUCCUUUGAAGUUUAAGCGUUUGAAUCUCAGGAGGGGUUUGAACUUGAAGAGGAGACACCAAGAUUACUUGAUCAAGUUCAGAGACUCACCUGAUGUGUGCCCUUACAAUACGUCAUCUGAAUGUCUAGCGAGCGAGUCCAUUGAGGCGGAGAAGAGAGCGUGUGCAGUUGUGAGAGAAGUGUUGGGGUUAACGGUCGAGAAAAGGACUUUGAUAGACCAUUUGACACAUUUUAGGAAAGAGUUUGCGUUACCUCUCAAGUUAAGAGGAUUGAUAGUGAGACAUCCAGAGCUAUUCUAUGUGAGUGUUAAGGGAACAAGAGACUCUGUGUUUCUUGUGGAAGCGUACAAUGAUAAUGGUGAUCUUCUGGAGAGAGAUGAGAUAUCGUUGAUUAGAGAACGUUUGAUAGAUCUUGUACAAGAAGGUAAGAGAAUUAGACGUGAAAGGAGAAGGAAAGGACGCAUGGGAGAGCAUAGCAAUGAUGAUAACAGGGAUGAUGGCAUUGAUGUUUAUAAUAGUGAUCUGGAUGAUGGUGAUGAUGAAUAUGAAGAUGGGUUUGAGAAUUUGUUUGAUUCUGAAGAUUCAGGUGUGGAGUAUCAUUUCGAUGAAGAAGAUAAUGAAGAGGUAUGGGUUAGUAGUGGUGAAAGUGUAGAAUAUUGGAGUAGGAAGCUCUCUUCUUCUGGUAUGAGCAGUGAUGAAGUAAAGAGUGUUAUUGAAUCAUGGUGAUGUAAAGUGCUAAAUGAGUAGUAAAACCAUCAUUGUGUUGAUACUGUAUACUCACAAAAUUGUACUCAGUUACAUAAGAACAGUGUUUAUGUUCGUUAUCUUAUUCCUAUUGGCUUGAAUCAGCUCCUACCACAUUGAAAACAUCACGCACUUCUCUUCUCUCAGAUGAUGUGGAAGGUGAAGUAAUGGAUAGUUAAUAACAAGCAUUGACUCUCGCUUAUAGAGCAGAUUGGCACAGAGGGAAAGAUCAGAAGCGAAGUUUUGUAACAACUUGCUCGUUCUAUGAUAAGCUUCUUCGGUUAAAGACGCUAGAAACUGUGUUUGUAUUUGAGCUCUCAAGUUGUUGGCUCCUGUAUAUUGUUAGCUGUGAGUGUUGAAUUUCAAAUUGCUAUGUUUUCAGUAAGAGCUUCAUGAUUUGUGUAAACAGAGUUGACAAAGAGAAUGUAUUAUUUGUUUAACGAGACAAUACAUUUUCAUGAUCUGAACAUAUAAAUAUGAAGUCUCAGGACACAAGUUUCAAACUUCUUCAAAGCUUGGAUGGGAUUUUUCCGAGAGCACCAGCUUCAAUAAGUAAAGGCACAAGCUUACUUUUCUUGUUACUCUCCAUCACUUCUGCAAAUCGAAAUGAUAAGUUAGUUCUUCUGUGUAGAUUUUUGACCCGAAUCUCAGUAACAAUGCAGAGAGCUUGUUUAAAAGGUUCUCUUACUAUCGCAUCCUCCCAUAUGUUUC